AACUUCCGUGCCCUGAGCACUGGUGAGAAGGGAUUUGGCUACAAGGGAUCUUGCUUCCACAGAAUCAUUCCUGGGUUCAUGUGCCAGGGUGGUGACUUCACACGCCACAAUGGCACUGGUGGCAAAUCCAUCUAUGGGGAAAAGUUCCCCGAUGAGAACUUCAUCCUGAAGCACACAGGCCCUGGCAUCCUGUCCAUGGCCAAUGCUGGCCCCAACACGAACGGCUCCCAGUUCUUCAUCUGCACUGCCAAGACUGAAUGGUUGGAUGGCAAGCAUGUCGUCUUUGGCCGCGUCAAGGAGGGGAUGAAUGUGGUGGAGGCCAUGGAGCGCUGUGGCUCCAAAGAUGGCAAAACAAGCAAGAAGAUCACCAUUACCGACUGCGGGCAGCUCUCAUAAACCCUCUUAACAACUGACCAUUCCCGCAGCAGCCUGGGCUCUCUGCCCCGCUGCAGCUCACCCCUUCCCACCCUGCUCCUGACCUACUGCUGCGUUUCUACGGGGUGUCAGCCCCAUGUGCACGGUCCAGCUGGGCCGCGGUUACCUUUGAGUCUAAAUAAAACGAGUUAAGCCACA